AUGAGCGAGGCCGACGCCACCAAACCUGUCGGUGAUGCCAAGGCAGCUGAUGUUGUCGAGACACCUCAAGCUGUAGAGCAGACGACCGAGUCUGCGGCGGAGAAUGCUGUCAUCGCGGAGGAGACUGUCGCCGCUGAAACCGAGACGAACAAGACGACAUCCCACGGCACCCGUCGCAACAACAGUAACAACAAGUUCGACCCUAGCACUCGUGAGGUCACGGAUGAUCCCGCAGUCAUACGCAAACAGGUUGAAUUCUACUUUGGAGACUGGAACUUUCCACAAGAUAAGUUCAUGUGGGAAACAUGUGAGGGCACGGCGAAUAAGCCCAUGCCCCUUGCCAAGAUCCACUCCUUUAAGCGCAUGCGCGUUUUUCAGCCGUACAGCGCUGUCGUCGCGGCUCUUCGCGACAGCCAGUUCCUUGACAUAUCCGGGGAGGCUGGGGAGGAGGUGGUCAAGCGCAAGAUUCCUUACAAGCCGGUUGGCGAGAACAAGGCCAAGAUUGAGGCGGCCACGGUCUACGUCAAGGGCUUCGGUGAUGAGAACCCUAACACCCAGUUCGAUCUUGAGAGCUUCUUCGCCAAGUUCGGUGAGAUCAGGGGGCUGAAGCUGCGUCGGACAAAUGAAGGCCUCUUCAAGGGCUCCGUCUUUGUCACCUUUCCUGAUGAGGACGAAGCGAACAAAUUCAUCGCGCUGGACCCGGCACCUACGUACAAGUCUCACGAGCUGAAGAUCAUGUCUAAGCGAAGUUACUGCGAGGAAAAGAGCGAACUCAUCCGACAAGGAAAGCUUGAGCCAAACUCUAGCGCGCCGAGGAAAUUUUUUGAAGGACGGGAUCCCAGCAACAAAAGGAACUUUCGCGAGAGAGAUAAUCGCGGGGCCCGAGACGGCGACGAUUGGAAGAAGCGACGCGAGAAUGACCAGAAGCACGGGUUUCAGGAGCAUCGGGGCAACGGCCGUGGUCGCAGCCGUGGAGGUCGUGGUCGUGGUGGCAGGGACCGCGGCGGCAGGGGCCGAGGCGGCUUCCGGGGCGGCCGCGACGGAAAUGACAGAGACAGAGGCGACGGCAGCCAGCAGCGCCAGGACGAUUUCAAGGAUGCCAAACCUCGCAUCCAGUCUACCACCGAGGGGAGCAAGGACGAAGCCGCCACCAAUGGAAAGCGAGCACGUGAGGAAGAUGCGGGAGAAAAGGGUCCGGCGCACAAAAAGGUCGAUACCAAGGAGGCAGCCAAAAGCGAGACAUCGUAA